AUGAUCCUGUGUAUUCCUUCAGCUUAUUUUGUGAUUUUGGUGAAGUUGGAGCGUGUCCUGGGUCUCAUGUCAAGCUCCAAUACUGCUAUUGCCCAAGACCCAAACACAGGAUCUCUCGCGUAUGCAGCGCGGUGCGUUAUCGUAGUGUUUUUGCCUUUGAAACCACCGCCCACGCCAAGUAAUGGUGCAACGCUGAGUAAGAAUGGACAAUGGAAAUACUUGCGGAGCAACAGCAGGAAAACCAUAACAUGCCUCGCAUUCUCAAAAGAUGGGAUGUUCUUGGCGUCUGGAGAAUGCGGGUACAAUCCUUGCGUACGGGUAUGGGAUGUUGCGCUGCGUGUGGAGCAUGCCGUCUUCAUGGGUCAUAAAUUCGGCAUAAAGCUUUUUCCCCUGGCCAAAAAUAUUUGGUAUCUGUUGGAGCACAGCAUGAUCAGAUUGUCAAUGUCUGGGAUUGGAAGCAUAAAGCAAAAGUCGCGAGCAAUUGUGUUUCAACAAAGGGGAAAUAAGAAGAUUAAAGACCCUGUACCUUUAACUGAAUGGUCUGCAAUCCUCGGCGAGCAAGGCAACAAUUAUUUUGCUGAUGUCUGUUGGGGUGUUGGUGAUGCUGGUGACUCAACUUUUGCCAUGACAAAGUCUGGGUUACUUUGCGAAUUCAACAAUAGACGUUUGUUGGACCGCUGGGUUGAGUUGCGGGCUGCUGUGAUGACAUUUGGGUCCAUUCUUGAAGGACUGUCGAAUGAGAAGUUGAAGCCUAUGAUGGAUGAAGCAUUGAUGCCUGUGCUGAUGAAUUUUAUGUCAGAUACAAGUAUCCAAGUGCGAGAUACAUGGCUUGGACCCUGGGUAGAAUAUGUGAAUACUUGGACGUCCACGUUGAAUUCUGAAGUUCUCACUGCGCUUCCUAACGCCUUCUGUGUUUCACUCAGUGAUGAACCGUCUGUCGCCGCCAACGUUUGUUGGGCCUUGAAAAGCUUGAGCUUUGCCGCGUACAUGGCCGUCCAAACCAGUGACAAAGAGAGCAUUGAGCCGGAUGCAUAUCCCUUGUUGCCGUUUUUCCACAUUUUGAUGCAGAAACUGUUGUGGACAACCAAACAAUCUAAUGGCGCACAGGUCAGUGAUUUAAUUCAUCGAUGGUAG